AUGUCGGACUCAUUUUCCCUACCCUUACGGCCUGUUCGGAAGAAGACCGAUGAGCCAGACACUCUACCCAUCAGAAUCGCCCAAAUCAAUGCACAGCGAGGCUCCUUCAAGGAUGUCACCGAAGAGAGCUUGUCCCAGGAGAUUGCAUCCCUCCGCGAGUCGGGCAAACAGGAGCCCGAUAUACAGGAGACGGAAGACUCUGGAAAUGAUGCCGAAGACAGGGAGCAGCGGCUCUUCACCAGUCGGUCAGAGAUGCUCGAGUUUGCGACUCAGGCUCAGGUCGAAGCUUGCUAUGCCCUCGAUUUCGUUUCCCUUGCCCUCUCAAAGUAUGCGCCGCGCCAGGUAGAGGUCUCCAUGACCCCCUAUGUCAAGCAAAAAAUACCUAGCGGCUCUCUCGGUAUUGACUUGGUAAAGACGCCCGAAAAGACUGAGGCAAACAAGAAGGAUAUCGAGAUUGUCUCUAAGGGAUGGAAGCUGGAGAGUUUUAGCUCUGCAGCAAACAACCUCCUGGAGGCUGCUACUCGCCUCCAGAAGGAAGUGGCUGCGGAGACGAAGUAUUGGUCGGAAGUCCUAGCAAUCAAGGAAAAGGGAUGGAAGAUAUGCCGGCUUCCCCGCGAGAGGCAAAGUCUAGGAGUGCAGCAUGGCUUCCUCGAAGCUGCUCCGGUGUUUAGGGAUCGCGGACUGUCUGCCCUGAGACGGGCGGGUGAUGGAUCAUUGUACGUUGACCAAGGGAUACACGCAACACCUCCGAAAGCCGUGCGUAUUCGAAUACAAGACAAUGAAAAUAUCGUGGGUGUAUCACAGCCGGCCUGCAUCAAACAUGAUGACAAUACAUCCACAGAGGAGACCUUCAUUCACCAGGCUAGGGACUCUCUCUUUGAAGAGGAACUGUUUUACGAACUGAAUCGUGAAGCCAGGUCCCUCCUUAGACACGGGGUUGAAACAAGACAGAAUCAAAUCCUUUUCCACUUAAGUGAUAACCGCCGGGUUUUGGUCGACUUUGUUCCAGUGGGCGAGGAUGCCACCUCUGACCAAGAUAAGGCUGAAGGGCUUCCGGCUAACGACCUCGCUCAUGCAAUUGCCUGCUCAAUUCGUCUUUUAUUAAAUCAUGCACAUCGCAAGAAUCACCGCCACCGGACUUCCAUACCAACUGCCAUAUCAAUAAAAAAACGUCCAACGGCAGAAUACCCUCUCCUCCAACCCAGCAUUGCCUACCUACAACAUGGAUCCCACCUCCAGUGGCUUAACUCAUGCCUUCAUAAUAUCACUGCUACCCUAUUUUCGGCAGGGCUCAAAUACAGAUACUGGAAAAAUAAACCACUUCCCAGGGAUACCCAGGAAACUGCCACCAAUCAAGGUAAAGCUAUACCACUUGUAGAGUCCCUCGUCGACACUUUUCUUAGCGUGCAGGAGGCAAGGAUGACCGGUUAUUUCUACAGCCAGGAUAACUUUUACAACAUUGUGGUUCGAACUGACCUCAGUCCUGCCGCCCUGGGAACUGAAUUUACCGUCUCAACCGUCCAUUCGUCCUUGCCCCAUGGUCGCAUUACCCAACGGUUUGGCACCCGUGAGGAUCUUAAAGAAUACUUUCUUUAUUUGUUUACCCUGGAUAUUGUCCAAAAUAUCCCAUUCCGUGGAAAUACGAGCUCCGUAUCUGCUGUACCUAAUACAUCCCAUGGAGAAACCGGGACAAAUUCACUCGGUGCAGACGAGAAUAACACCAAAUCUGCAAUUUGGGAGCCGAUCUUUGCCGAGAAUGGAGAGCUAACUUCCUAUAUCCCCGGGCAAAGCCAAAAUAAAAAGCUUAAAGUGACAUUAAACGAAGAGUCAUUAGAACUGCUAUGUAUGUCGUUAAGCUCGACGGCCAACACGGUGGAAGAAAAUAAGUAUCUAUGGUCUAUGGAUCAGACUAAAGAUGAGCCUCAAAUCACCCUUCAAGAAGCCCUCCGACGUCUUGAGGCUAAGGAGUGA